UGACGAUUCGUGGAGCAAAGCCAAUCUGGGGCCAUCUAACUAAAUGGGAUUGAAGCCGUGCUGAAAUACUGCUUCCGGAACAUAUUCCAAGUGGCGAUGAGCCCGGAGGACGUGUAUAAUAUUUGAGGGCAAGCCCCGGGUCUCUCUCCUAGUAUUUCCAGCAAAAUCUGUCCAUUUGACAUCCACUCCAUCGGACUGCAAAGCAAAAUGCAUUACAGCCUUGUUCUCAGCUCUAUCCUUGCGGUUGUGGGAGCAGUUCCUAUAGCCGACCCUAUUACUAUCUUCAACCGAGCCCCAUCACCCGGGACUGUCUACACAAGAUGCAGCACCCCAAACACUCUGGCGCUCGCCUACGAUGACGGCCCCUACCAAUACACCCAGAGCAUAGUAAACAAGCUGAACCAGGCUGGAGCCAAGGGGACUUUCUUCUUCACCGGAACACUCUACGGAUGCAUCUACAACCAGGCCGCAGCGGUCAAGUCCGCCUACGAAAGCGGCCACCAGGUCGCAUCACACACCUGGACCCACGGCCACGUGGGCUCCAUGUCCUCGUCGCAGCUGACGACGGAGAUGACCAAGCUGGAGCAGGCCUACGUCAACAUCUUUGGCAGGAAGCCCAGGUACAUGCGCCCGCCGUACCUCGAGACCAGCGGCAGCGUCACCUCCGUGAUGAAGACCCUCGGCUACAACAUCAUCACCAACGACAUCGACACCGGCGACUGGAACGGGCAGUCGGCCGCCCAGAGCGAGGCCAAGUUCACGCAGGCCGGCGCCGGCGGGAACGGACACAUCCCCCUGAUGCACGAGACGUACUCCUCAACCGCCAACGAGCUCACCACGUGGCUGAUCAACUGGGCAAAGACCAACAACCUGAAGAUUGUCACCGUCGCUGAGUGUCUGGGAGACGCCGGUGGUGAAUACCAGCCCGGUAACUUUACCGGCAAUGGACAAAACACUUGCUAGAUCCGCGUGCAUCACGCUGUCCUCCUAGGGAGGUGGCAGAAGAUCCUCCUGAUACAGUUCAAGGAGCUUCACCUAGGUACUUGGGCUAGCAUUGUCUAUGAAGUGC